GAGCUUUUCCAGCAGCAAGCUUCAGGAAGAGGCUCCGGAGACGGAGGGCCAGGCUGCAGCUGCCUUCCUCUUUUCGUCAGCUCACUCCCGCCUGCUGCGGGCCUUGUCAGCAGGCGACGUUGAGAACGAGGGCAGACCAAAGGAUGCCCGGAAGAAGGCCAAGAAGAGGAACAAGAAGAGUGAGUCGACAGAAGAAUCUUCUGAGGAGUCCAUUGACGCUACGCCCGAUGUAGAGGAUGUGCAGAAGAUCUUCGGCCUGAGUGCACGGGAUCUCACCAGAGGCCGUGAGCAGAUUACUCUGAAUGAUCUCAAGGUGCGACAACUCGCUUUUAGCAUGGCGGCCACUUCCGGCCGCAUUUCCCCAACCGAGCUUCUGGCCACGGGCGGAGAGGCUGAGAGCCUCAUGGUCGAGGCUGCUGCCAGACACAAGCGAUCGAAAAGCAAGGACAAGGAGUCCAGCUCGCUCCAGCAGGCUGUUGUUGUGAUCCGCGAAAGCCCUGGCCACUCGGUGGAAAUCCCGGCUCGCAGCUCUUGUGUUGAAGUGUGCCUGGGCUGCAGCAACGUUUGUGCAGUCGGGGCAGAUGCUGUAUCUAGCUACUUUCUCAGAACCGGCACUUGCAGAGAGAUGACAUGUGUUUUGCCAGUGACGGGCAAGAGCCUGAACGCGGUGAAGAUCUCGACGGCCCGCCUCCUGACGGAUGUGCCGGCCCUGCUCCGUGCCAGUUGCGAAACGUAUCGCAGGAAGAAGAACUUCAAAAAGAAGCAGUACUGGAUGGAAUUCCAGAAGGUGCUGACGAUCCAGAAGGAGGACCUGAAUCGACUAGUUAUGCCCGCUGGACAGGCUGGGUGCUUCUACGACCAGUUGGGCCUGCACACAGCUGUCAAUGCGACCACCAGAGGGGCACCGGAGCGAGAAGCAGACCUUCCUGGUCCAAAGCGCCAUUGCGCAGCAUCGCCAUGUGGUGAACAAAGCAAUGCCUCACCGGAAGCUACAUCGACUCAAGCCCACGCGAAGAAUCCAGCCGGCGACGUGUGGAAGCCCAUCGGCUCUGGAAUUCCGCUCCACAAGCUCGGUGUCUUUCCAAUCGCAGAGGGCGAGUUGCAGAUCUUUGUCAGGGUGGUCCCCGCCCCGCCACCCUUUUCGCACAUCGGUGGCUUUCAGGACGCGAAGAAGGACUUGAAGGAGUUGGCUGUCGACGAAGACAAGACCUUCGGGGAGGGCCCCUCUUCCUGCGGCAGACCGAAGCGAGGCCGCAGCAGCCAGGACCUGUCCGCACAGAAGCCCCGAAGGUUAGAGUUCAGUGCCAAGAAGUCCGGUGCCAGUCGCGGUGCAACCGACAGUCCGGGCCAGAAGUCCAGCGACGAAGGCUCCUCCGACGACGGAGGUUCGGACGCAGAGGAUCUUGACAUCUUCCACGGCAAGUAUGCCACGGGGCGAGGAUCUGCUCAGAAGGCGAGCAAGGAGCCUGGUGCGAGUGCUGCAGGAGAAGAACGGGCGAAUGAAGAGUUCCCUCCCUCGGACAUCGAGCCCGAGGUGCCGGAUGAGGAAGCGCCGGGCAGUGGGGCUGAGGAGCCAGACGAGGAAAUGGAGCCCUUCUCGGCUGUGCCUCUUUCCGUUCGCAAGCAGAUCAAGACUUUGGAGCCCAAGCUCUUGGAUGCUUUGCCUGCCAGCCUCCAGAAGCACUCCCGGUUGCAUUACUCGGUGCUGGACGAUUUGGUUCAUCUUAUCGCGAUCUUGAUCGCAGAAGACAUCCGCACGUUCCCAGACGCCGCGGAUAGCAUUGGCUGCAUCGAAGGGAAAGCGAGCACUUCGCAACUGGCCCAAGGCUUUGCAGGAGCCGGUUGGGUGUUACUGUCAAGGGUCUGGGCACCGAUCUUGUCGGUGUCCACUCUGUGUGUGCCCUUCACUUUGCAGCGGAUGAGCGAGCUGUUGCCAAGCACUGCCCCCGUCCAAACAAAGAUGGCAGAGGCAACGGCUCUCUGCCACAACGUGGCUGAGAAGCUGCUGGAAGCGGACUCCGAGAGCAAGACCAACACGAAGAUGCCCAAGGCAUUGAAGAAGAUUCGCCAGCAAAGGCUAUCUUCCAGAGAGCACCUUCGCUGCCUCUGCCAUCUUCUCAACGUCCUGGAUAUCGAGGUGAUCGCACCGUCUGAGCCGCUACGACCGGCAGACUUGAGUACGAACGAGAAACGCUUCUUCUACCAGGGCCAAGCUUACUUGUGGUCUGCUGAGUCGGGGGCUUCUGUCUGGGACUCGGUGCGGCCUGCUGCUCAGAAGGAAUUGCGGCUGAUCGUGCAGCCGGAUGAAGGGGGCCCGAUGUUUUGUGCGGUGCAAUGGAUGCAGUCCAAGAACUUCAGGGUUUUGCUGCUUCGCGACGAAGUGUGA